AUGAUGACUGGAAUUCAUGUAAAGUUAGUUCUUUGUAAACAACUCCACCAGUCACAAUUCAACCUAGUACAUGAUCUCCAAGAAAAUCCUGGAACUAUCCUCCUUCACGAGGGAGUGAAAUUCCCUGUAAACAAUAAAGCUACUCUAAUUCAAAGAGCUAAAGAACAGUACAUACUAAUACCAUACAUUCUACUUCUUCAUAUUCUAUUCCCAUUCAGCUACUCCAGUUCAAAGAAUGGUUACGACGUACCUUUAGAUACUUAA